ACGUCCGACUCUUCCACAUGCCCAAAUUUCACGGAGGGGGAUACUCCGGUGGCACCAGGAAUUAUUAUUCUUGCAAUAGCAUCUGCAGUUGUCGGUAGUUUGAUUGGUAGCAUUCUCAUCCGCAAGAUUAAAAAUGGAGCCUUCUCGUUGAAGGUUCCACUCUUCAAGAACGAGAAAGAUCGAGAUGUUGAGAAAUUGAUGAGAAUCCAUGGCUCUCUUGUUCCAAGGAGAUACCGAUAUAUCGAUGUGAAGAAAAUGACAAACUCGUUUUCAGAGAAACUUGGUCAAGGAGGAUAUGGUGUGGUGUAUAAAGGGAAGAUCCGGGAUGAUUGUCUUGUGGCAGUGAAAAUUCUAACAGAGUCGAAAAGUAGCCCAGAAGAAUUCAUCAAUGAAGUGGUGAGCAUUUGCCGAACUUCUCACGUUAAUGUUAUCACUCUUUUAGGUUUUUGUUACGAAGGGAAGAAAAGAGCUCUAAUAUUGGAGUACAUGCCUAAUGGCUCGUUGGAUCAGUUCAUUUAUUCUGGAAGAGCUUUAAAUAUGAGUAGUUCCUUGGAAUGGAAGAUACUACAUCAAAUUGCAAUCGGCAUUGCUCGAGGGCUUGAGUAUCUGCACCGAGGCUGCAAUACCAGAAUCUUGCACUUCGAUAUAAAACCUCAGAACAUCUUGCUCGAUCGAAAUUUUAUUCCAAAGAUUUCAGAUUUCGGCCUUGCUAAGCUUUGUCACGGGCAAGAGAGUGCUGUAUCAACUCUUGGCAUGAGAGGAACUGUCGGGUUUAUUGCACCAGAAGUUGUUUUCCGAAACUUGGGGAGAGUCUCUCACAAGUCCGACAUUUAUAGUUAUGGAAUGUUGGUCCUUCAAAUGGUCGGCUUCAGAGAUUCUGACAUGAAAGUUUCCAACAGCAGUGAAAUGUACUUUCCAGAAUGGAUUUAUAGGAACUUAGAGCCUGGCAAAGAUCUUAAAUUGCCAAUGAAUGUGACAGAGGAAGAGGAAGUGCUAGCGAGGAAGAUGAUUGUUGUGAGUUUGUGGUGCAUUCAAACCAGUCCAUCUGAUCGACCUCCAAUUGUGAAGGUGAUAGAAAUGUUGGAAGGAAGUUUUGAAUCACUGCAAAUUCCGCCAAAGCCCAUGUUGUAUCCUCCAACACAACCGCCAUCACAACAUUGGGAAAUGACGACAUCGAAUUCCAUUGGGAGCCUCGAGGAGAGAAUACUAGACAAUUUAGAGGAAAGCAGUAACACCUGGUAAUGCAGGGCAGAACUUAUCGAGGUAAUUGUCAUGCCUUUCUUUAGAUUGAAUAUGUUUUUCUUAAGAGUUACAAUGAAAGUGGAGAGAACAGUUAGGCGGAUUUCACUUUGACAAUCAUAGCAAUUAGCAAGAAUGAUAUAAGAAUUUCAACUUAGUAGAUCAGAUACUCUCUGAAGGCUGUUUGUAAGCACACUUGGAACUUGGAAGAUCACUGUCAUCUCUCAUAUAUUUCACACAGAAAUGGUUCCCAGCAAUGUUACUCUUCCGCCAUCAUGUAGAUUGAUAUUCUACGCAUGUAUAACAUGACCAAUGAGAUGAGCGACAUUUUUGUUGAACUCCAAGGACUGU